AAGACAAAUCAGCGAAGACGAUGGCAGCCAAGCUGCUGGAUUCCAUUGCUGAGACACACAAAUACGCUUGGUAGCUGCUACCUACACGUUGUCUCUAGGUAGGGCAUUCAACACGGAUUGUGAUAUAAGCAAACCUAAAAGGAAGUUAGGAACUAGAAGUUCGCACCCACGCUUAUCAGGUUAAGAGAGUUAGAGCAAACCCCGAAAUGGUUUCAAUUAAGCAGGAAGUGCCCUGCUGGGACGAUACCAAAAUGGGUUCCGCAAAGCAGGAACUAACAACGUCCACCUGGGACGAUUCCCACAACAUUGACAUCGACUGGAAUCAGGAUAUCGACAUGCACCUCAUGGAUCUGCCCACGUCGGAGUUCCUGACCUGUGCGGAUGAGUUCGAACAGACAUACGGCAGCGUAGCCUGCGCCGCCAACCUCUGGGAUCAGGCGUCCUCCUCGAAGCUCCAGAUCCGGAACCACGACUGUAUGUGGUCCGGCACGUGCUUCGAUCAGUCGCAUCCCGGAAAAAGCAGCUGCGGAACCAAUCAUGGCCCCGCCAGCACCAACACACAAGAUCAAUCGGAAGUAUCGAGCAAAUUCAGCACCGUCACAGCAGUGGCAGCCGCUAGCCUGAACAACAAUGUCGUUGUCUCCCAGAAACCCAUCUUGACCCCGGCAAACACCUCGGCUCUGAACAUCAACAACAACCUCACAUCGAAACUGGCCACAUUCAAACCACAGACGGCUCAGAUCCCGGCAGGACGGUCACUACUCAUCAACCCCCGGAUCAAGCAACAACAGCAGAUGAACAGAAUACCCACAGUGUCCACGUCAGACUUCCUACGGGACCGGGAAACCGCCGUACCCCUGCACAGACCCGACACGCCCCUCAGCCUAGACGAAGAUCCGCCAGAGUUCAAACACAACAUCGACCUGGCCACCUGCACCAUCGGAUCGAACAGAUUGAGCCUGACCGGAAGCUCCCGGCACUACCGGAACCACCAGAGCCACCACGACGACCCAUCCUCCCAUCGGAUCAUCAACCUGCUCAAGGAACACCUGGAGGACACCGAGUCCGGAAGCUUGCGGACGUGCAUGACUAGCUCGUCCGGCGAGGUCGGCUCGCUCACCGAUCUCCUGCACGAUCUGGAGGAGAUCGAGAGCCGCGACGGCGACGACAGCCACGGCGAAGAGCUGGACUCCGACACCGACUCGAACGCCGACAGCAGUCGAAGUAGUGGCAAAGGCGGCGGCGGCUUAUCCGGUGGCUACACUCACGCCCAUCACCAGGAAAUGAGCCCCUCCUCGUCGUCUUCAUCGUCCUCCUCGUCAUCCUCUCCGGCGUCGUACGAAUACCAGGGAACGCACGUUGGGGACCAUAGUUACACGCGACCCAAAGCCCGGUACAACCUCGCAGAACUCGGCGUGCAGACCCCCACGGAUUCCGAAGACGAAGAGAUCGACGUCGUCUCGAUAGGCGAGAAGAACCUGCCGACGAAUCCCACGCCCCGCGACAAGCGCCACGUCGAGAGCCGGGUGGCCCUCAAGAUCCGUAAGCACCCUCAAGGCCAGCAUCCGUCGCACCAUCACCGGCGCCGCCAUUCGGACGAAGAAUACGCCGCGCACCACCACCACCACGGAAUCUCGGCCGGUUCUAGCCAGGCCAGUCCGAGCAAAUCGUACGGAUACUCGCCCAACUAUCUGACCCCGGCCUCGUCGACGACCAUUUCCGGCGCGAACACGCCGCUGCCCCCGGGCAGCAGUAGUAUAUCGAACCCACGCAAGCGGCCCAGCAAGGAUGACCGCAGCAGCAGCAAGAACCGCCACCACCAGCACCGGAGCAAGAAGCAACGGAUUCCCGGAAAGACGGUGGCCGCCGCCCGCGUUGCGCCGGAAUCGUCCGAAGAGCAGGAAACCCUCGAGAAGCGCAACCUGCACAACGACAUGGAACGCCAGAGGCGAAUCGGCCUGAAGAACCUCUUCGAGGAGCUGAAGCGCCAGAUUCCGAACCUCCGGGACAAGGAACGGGCACCGAAGGUGAACAUCCUGCGCGAAGCGUCCAUCCUCUGCACCCGGCUCAGCCGCGAACAGGAACAGCUGAACGCCCUGCGCAAACAGCAGAACCGCCUGCUGGCCCGAGUCCGGCAACUGCGGACGUCCCUGCAUUCGCAGCGUCGCGUCAUGGAUUAAGCGAGCGUUUUGCGUCGAGUGUAGGCGACGGCGUCGAAAGGGAGAUGCGGAAACCAAUGUGAUUUCAAAAAAAAAAACCGUGCGCGAGCGCGAAAUGGUGCCAAUACUGCGAAUAGGAGAUAGGGAAUAUGUCGAACGGAUCGCGAAUCGGACGGAUAUGGCGGAGCGACCGAGAGAGAAUGAGGGACUGAGUGCUCUGGUUCUAUAUUACGAGCGAGAGAGAGAGAGAAGCGAGGAAGCGAGAGUAAGAACACAUAUUUCACACAAACACACCUUUAGAUUUAGAGUUCGAGAAGCGUUGAGAAAAAUAACCAUUAUAAUUUGUUUUGACAAAAGAAAAAUCUAUCCAAAAAUUAUUAAAUAUAUAUAUGAUCACACUCACAUACACAGAAGAAGAAGAAGAAGAAGAACAAUCCAUUUAAUGUUGUAAAAGUGUGCGACGGCGGCGGUGCGCGAGUGUGUGUGCUUGUGUUUGUGCGUGAAAAUUCGGAAAAAAUACCCUGACGAAGUCGCAUCGAAACGUCGCGUCGUCGGAUCGAGCGAGUGAGCGUGUGGUGAAGCCCAUCCCAGUGUGCCACGGUUUCCCGUGGCAACGGCGUGUGUGUCUGUCUGUAAGUACCUAUGUCACAUACCAAUUACAUAAAAAAAACCUCUUCUUAUUACCGACUCACACAUACACACUUGCACACACACGCACGCACGCACGCACACAACCAGGACAAACCAGGACGUUGUUGUCAAACGCGUGGAAACGCAAAAAAUCCUAAUUUUGAUGAUUAUGAUUAUAUAUUUUGUUUUGUUAUUCAUUACACACGCUAUUCUUCCAAGAGGAAAAACGAAAAAGUCAUUUUUAUAUAACUAUUAUAAACAGAAUAAAA